AUGUAUACCAAUCUUUUGACAGUGGCUAGUCUUUGUGCUGUGGUGCUUGCGAGUCCUCAGUUGAAUAAACGGGAAGAUGGCGAUACCUCCAGCUCCAGCUCCACUGUAUCCUCCAUUCUCGAGAGCCUUUCAACUAGCCCUACUGCUAGUAUCACAUCAACAUCUCCAUCAACACCAACAACUGAAUCCUCCCACCCCACCAUCACAGCCCCAACCCCAGUAACAGGCAUCAUAAACGGCACAACAGCAACACUAGUUCCGGUAGGAACAGGCGGGUUAACAAUUGCGAGUACGGCUGCUAUAGGAGGGAAUAGUACGGUUACGACGGGGAAACUGACGAGUUCGACGGAGGAGACAGCGGCGGAAACGGGGACGGGGACGAAGACGAGGGAUAAAGAGUACUACGGGUGUAGCGACGGGAAAAUCGACGCCGAGUCCGAUGUCGAGUUCGAGUAA